CAUAAAUAUUAUAGCUCAUGAAAAAAACAUUGCAAGUAUUAAAAGCUUAGAGUGUUAAUUACAAUUCUAUAAUGUCUGGUUUAAACUAUAGAAUGACUAUUAGAGAUAAUGGUUAAAGAAUGGGACAUAUUUCUAUUAAUCUUAAUAAAUCUAAUAAUGCUUAGACAAACAUUCUAUUAAAGAAGCUUCUAUAAAACUAAGAAUACUCAAUAUUAAGAGAUUAAACUAAAAUGAUAUUUGAAGGAUCAUUCGAAGCCUUAAAAACUUUGACUGGAGUAACUACAUAUUAUCCAGAUACAGGUUAAUAUAAAAAUACUAUAUUUUAGGAUUAUUAGUUUAUGAUUUAGAAGCAAACAAACUUGUAUUGCAUUUAACUAAAGAGAAUAUAUAAUGUUAAGGAAUUGUCUUGGGCUAUGUUAUGGAUUCUGAUGCUAUGACCAUAAUAAAUUCACUCAGAACAUCUACCAUUCCAUUACAAGCAAGAUUAGAAAAUACUUAUAAUUAUUAUCUUAAGAGAACAUUGAAUGUGAGCUUGGCUGUCUCUUUAUUAGUAUUUUAUAAUGCAUUUACUGGAUCAUAAAAGUCUAAAUUUGGUAUAUUUGAAAGAGAUGAUAAAUCUCCUAAAACAGAAGCUAAAUGAAUAACAAUUAAAAUUA